CUAGCAGACAAACGUGCUUUUUCUAGGUGUUACCAAAUUAAUAUGUUUUCUAAAUUUACUUUAAGUCACAAAGAUCACAAGUUAGUAGAGUUUCUUGGCUUUGCUUUCAGCAAGAUGUUUGUUUUUAUCAAGCUACUGUUCAAGUACUAUAUUGCACUGCUGUUAAGUAUUCUAAAUAGCACUGGACAUGAAUUACACAAAAUGCCUGAAAAUCUGACUUGGGAAACAGGGUUUUCUGGGGAAUGUGGUCUGGGUCGUGUUGACUUUUGAGACACCGACACUCUGGCAGAAGGUAUUUUAGGGGUUUUAGCUGUAUGAGCUCUUUAAUGGCAAUUAACUUUAAUUCUAGAACGACUGAUUUAACUGUAGAAGGUAGUUUGGUAGAACAUCUGUAUGGGGAGGGUCUGAUUUGAAGCAUGAUUUGCAUUCUUUUGAAGCAGGGCUUAGCUCCACUGAACCUGCUUAGCACUACAGCAGGUGGUUUGGCUUUAGGAAUGCUCCUUAAUGAGGUAAGAGCAAUAAACCGCUAGCUGCAAUUUGGUGGCCUCUGAGAUCGUUCACAGCAACUGGAACAUUGUCUGUCACUCAAGGCUAUAAAACAGCUGAUGGUUGCAAUGUUAAGUUGUGAGUGCUGCUGCUGAGGAAGGCUCUCUGCUUCAUCAGUGCUUCAGCUUUGGCUUCCAGACGGAUCAGUUAGCAACUAAGCACGUUUGUAAUGUUUUCCAAGAAUAUUUGAAAUUUUGUGAGCAAAAAUGAUCUUACUUUCCCUGUUGCUUUAGAUCCUUACAGUGUGUGUUUGUUUUGACAGACAUUAGUAUGGUUAACUUGCAUUUACGUUAUUGAGAGAGGACAGUUUGGAGUUCUCGAGAAAAAUGACAUAAUGUAAUAUUUGUUUUCCUAUCAAUAGCUGCUUUCAAUAUUCAGUAGACAGAUUAGAUAUGACUGACUGGGACUUGACCCUGGCUUUUUCUUAUUGAAGUAGAUGGCUUUUCUCAUGUGCCUGUUGUUUUCUGCUUCAUUUCAUUCUUCCCACACUAUAUACUUUGACCUAAGACUUUUCCAUGAUUUCUGUUGAAAUUAAUAACUUACUUAUUAAAACGUUUACAUUUUUGACUCUGUAACUUCCUUUUUGCCAUGGAAAGUGCCUGUCCUUCCCUAGCAGAGCAGUCUCUUAUUGCUGACGUUAUCAGUAGGCUGAGACACUCGAUGAAGGCCAAACUAAUUAAUUACACUGUUAAAUUCAGCCUUCUCUUUUUUUAUUGCUAGGUUUUUUUUGGUGUCUGAGAUGUGUGUGUUUGGCCUCAGUGCCCUUUGCUAUCUGAAGAAGUUUCUUGGUUGUGGAUUCAUUCACCUCUCUUUAUACUCCUGGUCCCGCAUGGGUAACCCUGAGUAUACUUAGGUGCUCUUGGCAAAUGAAUGAAGCCACAGAAUAAAUAUGGCAUUAAACAUGAAAAAACCAAAGGCCUCUCCUACUAUUUUAAGGAUGACAGAUUAAAACAGGAAUAAAAGAGGAACUGAGUACUGACAGUGAGAUUUCUCUUUCUCUGGAAAAUGCUGAUGUUUGGGGGGAAAGCUGUCUUUCUUGACACAAUCUCACUCCUUACCUCUUGGAGUGCUGUAGCUUUUCCCACCACUGAAUACCUGUGGUCUGUGGAGGGUCCCCACAAGUUGUAGUUCUGCAACUAGAAGCUGUUUUGACCUAAGUCCUUUCCUGCUUAUUGCUGUUAUGUGCCUGAGCUCCAUGUCCUUGGCUCUGAUGGAUGAGCAGCUUCUAUCAAUGACUCUAGUCUGUUCUGGUCAAAAUGAACAGGACUAUCUUGCACAACUUAAAUAGUGAGCGAUACCUGGAGUCCUUUAGUGUGAAAGAAUUCUUAGUGUUAUUUAGUGUAAAGGAAUUAUUAGCCCCCUGUGUAAGACUAACCUCAGGGUAAGCUGAUGAAGUUCUACUGGACUUUUCACUGAGCUUGUAUAGUGGCUCAAAGUAUUUUAGAGGUAAAAUAUCUUCAGAGGAAGACUAGUUAGUAAUUCUCAAGACAACAUUUCCUUCAAGUUGCAAAGGUAUGUAGCAAACCUUAUGAAUUUGUCCUCCAUAAAAUAGGUAAUAAUUGGGAUUGAAUGUGCUUUGUGUGUCCUUUUUAUAUCUCCAGCUUUAUUUAAGGAUGGUUUCCUGCACAGAAUAGCUGAUAUUUUAACACAAAUCUUAAUACAAGUAGCUGGAUUUGGCUAGGAACUUCCUGGCAUAGCUCUUCUAAUGACAGGUGAAGAUCAGUUUAGUACUCAUUUUUAGUCAAUACUAAAUGUUUGAGAGGAUAUUUUAUUGGUUGUGGACUGAAUUUAUAUUUGCAUAAACAGUACAAAUAGCUUGGUUGUCUGGGGGCUCCUUUGGAAGAUGGUGGCUGUGGUUUAAGCCACAUUCAGACAUGUGCUUGACUUUCUCUGAACUAUCUAAUCUGAGGAAGACAUCAAAAGUACUGUCCCCUCAUCCUUCACUUUGCAUUAGAUGUUACUAGAAAGAAGGCAACUGGUGUAAAUGCAGUCAUAUGUAAGCCUUCUACAAGGAAGUGCUGGGAGAAUUAAUGAGGCAGGUGAUUCAGGGAUUGAGCCUGGGGCUGCUGGCUUCAGGAGCACAUAGAGUGGAGCUCUGGAGCCUGGUGGCUGGAGGCUGCCAAAAAAAAGAGAGAAAGUAGGAGGGCAGUGAUCAGCAUACUCUGGUGCCUGUGGCUGGAAACUGGGAAAGACUAGGGGAGAAUGGGCAGGGAAAUGGGCGCCAACGUAGAAGAGAGGCUUUGGACUUCAGAUCAAAGGGAAUAGAGCAACAGAAUAUCGGUUUGAUGGAGAAACGGUCAAAAUACAAUCCUCCGUUGCCGAUGACUGCAGGCUGUUCUGCAAGCAGCUGUGUAUGAUACCCCUGUCACAACAUAGCCUUGCACCUUCAUCUUCCCUUGUUCCUCACAGAUGACAGCUUACAAUACUGUUUAUUUCCUGGGUUUCUGGCAGUCCUCUGCGGUGACACCUCUCACCCAGGGCACUGCUGUGGUGUGGAGUGUGGACUAGGAGCAGAGAUCCCCGAGAGUGUGCUGAUAAAGGCUGCUGACGCUGCGGGUCUCCUUUUGCAUGCACAUACGCAUAGUUCUCUGCCCUCGUGGUGACUUUGGGUAGCUGGCUUGCGUGCUACCAGGGAGCAACAAGAGCAGUAAACAAAUUCUCAGUCAAAAUAUCAGUGUAUUUUAUCAUCCCAAAGCCUGUAACUUCUAAGUGCUUACUGUGAACAAAGCCUGUGAAAUGGAUGGCAGUGUUUUGAAUAAGUUUGCAUAUGAUCCAACAGCUCCUCCUCUGCUGAAACAGAUGCCAAUGCAAGCACAGAAAGGAAGUACGUUUUGAAAGAAAGAGGAAAAAAUUGCUCUACGGUGCAGCCAAAUGAAGUUUGUUUCUUCUGUGCAUUGGUACUAUGAAACUUUUAUUAGUGGUGGUCUGCCUUCUUGCUGGCGUGCUUCCCUCUUAUCCCAGCAUAGAUCCACUUUGUUCUUCCUUCCUUCUCCUCCUGCCCAUUUAACUGCUAUGCAAAUUAAGAGGGAACGAUGUGUAUUCCUGUUGCCAUCACUUAGCAAGAGGGCUACUCUGGACUGCGGGAUGCCCAUAUUUAAGGCCCUGUCCUUUUAUGGCCACACUUCAGAACAGCUUGUUUCUGACCUUGGUCAAAAUAAAUCAUUCUUGGUUUUGUGAUGCGGGGAAAAAACACAUUAAUAGCAAAAUGUUUCAACUGUGCAUGAGACCAGGCAGCUUGAGCAGGUGUUCAAGUUUGAGGGAGGUUGUUGAAGAAAGCCAGACCCUUGUGUAUUUUCAAGCCAUUUUUGCAAGCAGUGAAGUUCACCACCAUUUCAAGACUUUCCACACUGGACAGAGACAACAGCAGAAAACAGAAGAAAUUGUACAUCUUCUGCUAUGCACCUUGUGUCCCACGCAGCAGCAGAGUUAAGGGGAAGUAGCUGCUGUCAGCUGCUCAGGGCUGAGCCGUGCAGCUUUCUGUCCUGUGUAGCAGUGGGACAGAGCCGGCCAGCUCCAGUAGAUAAUUGCAGAGAGCAGUAACUUAAACUUCCUUAUUUUGCUUUCUUUCUGACUGGCCACACCUGUAUUUAUAGAAGGCUUGCUGGAAAGGUGGCGAGCCUGCACUGCAGCUUUGUUUGCUUUUUCUUCUUUUUCUGAAGGAGAGUUCCGGCUGACUUGCUUGGCUUUCUGCAAAAGACCUUGUGAAUUCCACAGGCUUUACAAUCAUCAAAUCUGUUUACAGCCUUCAGUAACCAAGCAGCAAAGGACAAAGUACUGAACCUUUCUUCUCAGUAGGCAAGAUGUUCACAGAGCCUUGGAGAAUCCCAUGGUGGAUACAAGUAUGUUGGAAGAAUUCCUCAGCAGUGACUUAGAGUUUGGAACUUUGCAAAGACAGUUGCCAGACUCUCCACCAGACUCUGGGUCAGAAGCAUACUCUCCACCACAGCUCAAGACCACAUGGGAUGAUGCUACAUGGCCGGGUGGGCAGCAGUCUCCGCUCCCAUGUCCAUCGUCUGUGGCACCCAGCAAGCUUCCCUACAGGUUCUUGGAGACUUCUGACCCCAACAGCAGUGGGCAUCCCUGCAGCAUUCCCGAAGGCUACUGUCUGAAGAGAGAUAACACUGUGACUCCAUGGAAUAGUUCUACAUCCUCCAGCUCUUUGGGUUUUAAUUAUUCAUACUUUCAGCCAAAUGUAUCUCAGAUUUCUAGUACUUCUGCAGCAUCAGGCACAAAAAGAAAGCUCUCACAGUUACUGGGAGAUACCACUGAUCCUCAAGUCUGGUGUAACAGCUCCAGUCAAGCAGUUCUCAAGGACUGUGCUGUUGAAGUGCAAGAAUAUGAUAGUGAUGGACAGAAUGCAGCUUUGGAAAAAUGCUGUCAAGCUCUAACAUGGCAACUAUAUCAAACUUCUCAGUGGAACAGCUUAUUGAACUCUAAUUAUGAAAAACUACCUGCCAUAGGAUAUCACAUUGUCACAGACAAAGGAUUUAAUUUUUCAGCAACAGAUGAUGCCUUUGUGUGCCAGAAGAAGAAUCAUUUCCAAAUCACAGUCCAUAUUAGAAUCACUGGUCAUCCAAAAUAUGUCAAAACUCAGCUGGGGAUGAAACUGAUAGAAAAGUUUUACUUGAAAGCUUUUGGAAUAAGGAUGGAAGCUCCAAAUCAAACAAUUGCUAUUGAACAAUCUCAGUCAGAUAGAAGCAAAAAAACUUUCUAUCCUGUUAGAGUUGAUCUGCCAGGGGAUCAGAUAACUAAAGUGACAUUGGGAAGGUUGCAUUUCAGUGAAACAACAGCAAAUAAUAUGAGAAAAAAGGGGAAACCUAAUCCUGACCAAAGGUACUUCAUGCUGGUGGUUGGACUGUAUGCUGUCUCUCAGGACCAAUUCUACUUGCUGUCUGCAAAUAUCUCUGAAAAGAUCAUUGUAAGGGCAUCUAACCCAGGGCAGUUUGAGAACGACAGUGAUGUGUUGUGGCAGCGAGGACAUGUUCCAGAGACAGUAGUCUGUCACGGUCGAGUAGGAAUUAACACAGAUGCACCAGACGAAGCCCUGGUUGUCUGUGGAAAUGCAAAAGUUAUGGGCAGAGUCAUGCAUCCAUCUGACAGCCGAGCGAAAGAGAAUAUCCGGGAGGUCGAUACAAAUGAGCAGUUGAGAAGAAUAACACAAAUGAGGCUGGUGGAGUACGACUACAAGCCUGAAUUUGCAUCUGUUAUGGGAAUAAAAAAUACCCAUGAAACAGGAAUAAUAGCACAGGAAGUGAAGGAGCUUUUGCCUCAGGCUGUUAGAGAAGCUGGAGAUGUCGCUUGUAACGAUGGCGAGAAAAUAGAAAACUUCCUCAUGGUUGACAAGGAUCAGAUCUUUAUGGAAAAUGUGGGUGCAGUGAAACAGCUUUGCAAACUAACCAACAACCUUGAAGUCAGAAUAGAAGAAUUGGAACAGUGGAACCGAAAACUGUCCAGGCUGAAACGGUUAAGCAGUUUAAAGUCAACAGUCAGUGAAAGGAGCACAGUCAGCAGGUGUAGUCGAGCCACUAGUCUCUUGCCAUCAAGAAAAUCAGUCCAGCUAAAAUCCAGCAAGGUCUGUAUAUCGAAGAGGAAAGAGUCUUGCUCCAGGAAGAUUUUCCGGGUGACUAUAUUAGCUUUGGUUGCUGUUAUGGCACUAUGUGCUUUGACAAUAUCGACCCUUUAUGUACUUAGCAUCCAUGACAGACAUGUUGAAAAACAUCUUGUUCCCAGCAAUACCUCAAGUUCUGUUGUACUCUUUCCCUCUACCACUACAGCAGCAUUGCAGGAAAGCACAAUUUCUCAGAGCACACAAGCCAUCAGCGGGAUUCCUGAAGUGAACUUCUGUGACCUUUUGCCUUGUGACAAGAUUUAUUGUUGUCCAAUUCAUCAAGCAAUAGUCAAAUAUCGAAGUUAUGAGGAAACAAGUGCAGAGGAGAUGCGAAACAAAUGUGACGUGUUCCUUGGAGGAAAUACUGACAGGAGACCUGAUCUUGGAAGUGACUGGAUUGAUACAACAAUCAGUUCCAUACAGAUUUUGGAAACACAGCAACUAAUUGACAAUCGCUACUGUAGUAAAAAUCUACAGUGCAGGUCUGGAAAUUACAGCUAUAUUAUUCCCAUUAGCAAGUACACACCUAUAAAUGUAGAAAUCUCACUGGAAAUCAACACCACAGAACCAUUAAUUAUAUUCCUCUGCAAAAGCACAUUUGGAAAUUUUUGCUCCUAUUUUUCUUCAAGCCGAAACUUUAGGGAAAAUUUCCAAGAAACCACACAGGUAAUGUUCCUUAAACAAUAUUCUGGCUUAUGGGAAUCAACUUUACAUGCUGCCCACCACGCGCUUGUUUUUUUCAUCUCUUUCAAGGACGUACUGUGCCAUACUGAAUAUAAAAUUGAGCUUCAUGUAGAAAAAAGUGUUCAGUUUUCUGAUGGUUUUGGCUAUUGAAGCCAUACAGUGCUUAAAUAAUUUACUAGCUUUCAUAUCUCCCUUUGCCCUCCAGAAUGCUGUUCCUUUCUAUCAGCUCUGCUUGUUUUUCAUAAAAGCACUGGAGUUUCAUAAGAUGUCAUGAUCCCUUGAUUCAAGCAACUUUGUGUGGAUGCAUUCUGGAGUAGAGGGAGAUGUGGAAAGUGGAUAAGAGUUGUUAUAACACCUAGUUGUACUGAAUAAUCUUACGCAUAACUGAUUGUUAGGAAUGAAUGAGGUGAUAAACCAUGAAGAUCUCAGCUAGUCAAGAUGCCCUUUAGAACCUGACUCAUAAAAUUGAAGUCUGAAAAAUACUGAUCUUGGUUAAGGUAUUAGAAAUUGUGAUGGUGCUUUGACUUUACCAGCCAUGGCUAAAUUUGGCAUGGCUAUAAUAGUUAACUAAUAUGUAGUCUCUUUAUAGGAGUCAGUUUUCUGCUGAAAUGUAUAGAAGUCUGUCUGCUGACUCUCUGCAGUUUGAGCUUAUGUCAGCCUAACUGACUGCUAUAACUCAUCUUACCUCCAGAGACAGUUAAGAAAUAGGAGUACUUUUCACCCAGGGCCUUAGGAGACAGAGUCAUCUAACCUCUCAUCUGCUGUACCUUCCCAUUAUUGUCUUAUGGGUAGUGAAAUAGAAUUUUUAAGCUUUGAAUUCACUGAAAACGGUGGUAGCAUUUCUCUUUAUUCUGUGCAAAAAGGGGUUUACCAGCAAAUCUCUCUAGGGAAAAUUCUUCAGUGUAAAAGCAAGAGAAGUUUUCUGUCAUUCUCUUGACUGAUGGGAAUAGAAGUAAAACAUCUUAACUUUUCCCAGGAGAGAUGAUCUGCAAACUUUUGAUUGUUUCCAGUAAAUUAACGAAGACCUUAAACUCCCUUCCAGUUCUCUGGAAGUGUAGGACUCUUUCAUGUGACCAGGUCCUCAGAUUUGUCCACAUAGCUUGGAAAUGUUUAUUCUGGCUAAAACAGUGGGAAAGACUGAAGCAAGGAUAGUAACAUCCUAAACACAGUAGAAGAAACCUCUUUGAAGAUGAAGUCUUUUAGAUUUGUGAUUCACUGUACCAUACACAAUAAGUUCUUAGUUGGUUUUACAUUACUUUUUUGCACUUUGACAAAUUAGAGCAUAUAGGAUACCUUUGUCCUUAAGCUGACUUUCUGAUAAAUUUCUUAAAUGUCUCCACAGAAAGUUACAGGCUUCUCUGUGAGUGCUGCAAAGCCAUCAGACUGAAGUAAAUAAAUUGUCUAAGUUUUGAUCUGUCAGCCAUAAUUCUAAUAGUCCUUGAAAUUAAGUCAGUCCCAGAGAGUUUUCCCAUACAGAAAUAUCCUUGAAGCUUACUGCCAAAAGUGGUCAAAGAGAUUUUCUGUGUCAACCUGAAAUCUACAUCAAAAGACUAAAGCUAACUAGCCUCCAGCAUCAGUGUGCAUUAAGUUUGAUGUGACUUGGAAUAGAAAUGCUGCCUGGUUGGAUAAUUUCUGUCAAGAGGAUUUUUCUAAGGACUGGAAGGCUUAUUCCCUACCAAAGGGAAGGAUGGCAAUCGUUUAGGCUCUGGGCAACAUAUGUAAGUCUUAUCAUGUGAACAUACCAUCUCCAACAGAGAAUGCAUCAGAAAGUGGAGGGAGAAGGGAAAGAUGAAGGAGACACUUGAAACCAAGAAAAUAAGUUAUCACAGGCAUACCUAAAUGGAUCACUAGGUCAACAAGAGGUGAAGACUGAAUUUUAUUCUAUGUAGCAUAAAAAAUUCAGAACCAAAUGUGUUAUUUUAGUUAUACUUGGCAGGACACUGGAAUCAAAAGUACAGUGAAAUUUUUCCCUCAGCCUUUUUUGAAACACUGAGUAAAAAUGCUCCUCAUAUCUUUAGAAUAUGUAUAGGAAUUUUCACUGCCUUCUGAGGGCUGCUAGUGUUGUUUCAAAAUCAGCAGAAUUGCCAUUUGCUGCUGUUACGCUUUAAAGCUUUUGGGCCACAUGGCACAUCAGGGACAAUCCCUACUUGCUGUGGGAUUUGCUUGGAAAACUAGAGUUAUACAGUUACUCAGAGCCAACUGAGAGCUGCUGGGAGCCAGAUGUCUGUCAGAUCCUAUGCUGAGCUGAUCAGAGGAAACCCAGAUUUGCAAGGUUUAAAGUCAGCACUUUGUCUUUAAACGUUCUGCCUGUAGCUAUCAAGUCUUGUUACCAUAAUUAUUUUGCACUGCAUUUAUCAAUGAAAUGUUUCCAGAGCCUAUCCUUCUCAACAAUUUAAUGUGAAAUCAGGUCAUCUAAUCUCUCUCUCUCACUUAUU